AUGGGAAUCAUCUGCGCCUCAUUGGACACGAAACAAAACCCUCGGUCAGAAUAUCGAAGAGAAAAACGCGAGGCUGCUUGGUGUAAGCGUUCUGAAGAAUCUGUAGCAAUGGCUGAAGAAAAGAAUCCGCAAAUCCCACCGCACUACGACCUCAAUGCCAAGUGGGAGGCCUGUCUCGAUUUGGGUCUCCGUCGCUUCGUUUACUCUUCCUUGGCUGGCGCUUUUGGUGGUCUCCUCCUCUUCCGUACGUCUCAUUUUCUUUACCCUCUGUUUGCUUUCCGAGAAAAUAACUCCUGA